AUGAGAUCAACAUACACCAUUUUGGCUGACGACUCCGCCAUCGAAAAGCCAUUGUUAGACGACCGCAGCUAUAGAUUCAUCAAGCUUGACUCGAACGAUUUGCAUGUUUUGUUAAUAAGCGACCCUACAACUGAUAGAUCAGCAGCAUCCUUGGAUGUUCAUGUUGGUUCCUUCGCCGAUAAGGAAUAUACCAUCCCAGGUUUGGCCCACUUUUGUGAGCAUCUUUUAUUCAUGGGUACGGGCAAGUACCCAGAGGAAAACGAGUACCUGAGCUACUUGUCGAAGCAUUCUGGCCACUCAAAUGCAUACACUGCUGCUGAGCAUACAAAUUACUUCUUUGAGGUCAGCUCUGAUUACCUUGAAGGUGCCCUAGACAGGUUUGCACAGUUUUUUAUCGACCCGUUGUUCAGCAAGAGUUGUAAGGACAGGGAAAUUAGAGCGGUCGAUUCAGAGAACAAGAAGAAUUUGCAAAAUGACAUGUGGAGGUUCUAUCAGCUUGAUAAGCUGACUAGUAACCCAAAGCACCCAUACAACGGCUUUUCCACUGGUAACUACCAUACGUUGCAUGAGGAACCCGAAAGCAGAGGGCUCAAUGUGCGUGAUGUGCUACUUGAGUUUUAUAAAGAGCAUUACUCUUCGAAUCUUAUGAGUUUAGUUGUAUUGGGUAAGGACUCCCUAGACGACCUCACUCUUUGGGCCAUCACGAAGUUCUCCGAUGUUGCCAACUCUAAUCUUCCAAGACCAUCAUACCAUGGCGAGCUAAUCUAUGCCCCUGAGAAUAUGGGCAAACUUUUGAAGGCCAAACCUAUCAUGGAUACAAACAAGUUAGAACUCACGUUUAUGAUUCCCGAUGACCAAGAGCACAACUGGGACAAAAGACCAGGUAGCUACUACUCCCAUUUGAUUGGCCAUGAAAGUAAAGGCUCAAUUCUUUAUUACUUGCAAAAGAAGAAUUGGGUCAAUGAACUCUCUGCGGGAAACAUGAAAGUUUGUGAUGGCUGCUCGUUGUUUUCAAUGGAAUUAGACUUGACUCCACUGGGUUUUGAUCAUUGGGAAGAGAUUGUCGUCCAUGUGUUUGAGUAUUUGAAAAUGCUUCAGUCGCAAGACCCUCCAUACUGGUUAUGGAAAGAGUUAAGCGAUAUGUCGAAGAUAAAUUUCAGAUUUAAGCAAAAGGAAAGAACUUCGAACACCGUAUCGAAGCUCAGCAGCUCUCUAUUCAAAUUCAAGGAGGACUUCUACAUCCCCCCUGAAAGGUUAUUGAAUUGCACCGUGUUGCGUGAGUUUGACCCGGAGGAGAUAAAGAAGUACGGAGCACACUUGAAUCCUUCCAGCUUGCGAAUUUCUUUGUCUUCCCAAAGAUUAAACAAUCUACCAAACAAGGAAAGAUGGUAUGGUACUGAAUACUCCUAUGAGGAAAUUCCCCCCAAUCUCAUGAAUGCCAUCCGAAAUGCCUCUGUCAAUGAGGAAUUGCACCUCCCGGCGCCAAAUAAGUUUAUCCCCGAAGAUUUUACUGUCAAGGGUGAAAAGCUUGAGAAGGCUUUGCCACAUCCUUGGCUCAUUACUGAUACCCCGAAGUUUGAGAUUUGGUAUAAACAAGAUGAUCGAUUCAGAAUUCCAAAGGGCUCAAUCAGCCUUGUUGUUCAUACACCACCUCUUGCGGACUCCAUCGAAACAUCUGUGUUGGGUUUACUUCUUGGCGAAUUAAUGGAUGAUGAAUUUAACGAAAUGAAUUAUUUUGCGGAUCUUGUUGGCUUGUCUUUCCAUCUCCUGCAAUUCAGAGAUUCGUUUACCAUCAAGGCUAGUGGGUACAAUGACAAACUUCCAGCAUUCCUUGACGAGGUUUUGAGAAAGUUCAUAAACUUCACCCCAAAGCUGGACAGAUUUGACUCAAUCAAGUACAAAGUUGCGCAAGAGCUUAAAAACUCUGGUUACGAUGUCCCCUAUGCACAAAUAGGCACCCACUUCUUGCAGCUUUUGAAUGAAAAGACAUAUCCUGACCCUGAAAAGUUGAAGGUACUCGAAAAGGUGAAGUUUGAAGAUGUGCUUCAAUUCACUGAGGAGAAGUUGUGGAGUAGAGGUGUAUUUAUCCAAGGUUUGAUUCAUGGCAAUUUCGAGUACUCAACAGCUGCUAAGGUCAGUCAGUCUCUUCAAGAUGCCUUCAAAGAUAGGCAAACAAUUGCCCCUACAAAGGAAGAAGUUGAUUCUAUCGUUAAAUUCCAGAGUGUUCACCUCGAGGUAGGGGAGAAUGUAAGGUAUGAGUUGCCAUUGCAAGAUCCUUCGAACGUCAACUCUUGUUUGGAAUACUUUGUUCAGGUUGGCAAAGUUCAAAAGGAAAAUUCUAGACUUAGGGUUCUCACGGAUUUGUUGGCAACUAUGCUUCACGAACCCUGUUUCAAUCAGUUACGGACCAAGGAACAGCUUGGUUACGUUGUCUUUUCUGGCUACCGCCUGAGCCGCUCAUAUUUCGGUCUCAGAAUACUUGUUCAAUCGGAAAGACCUUGCGACUACCUCCAAUACAGAGUUGAGAACUUUUUGAAGAUGUUCAAGAGGAAAAAGCUCGGAAGCUCACUCACGGAUGAGGUUUUCGCCAAAUACAAGCAAUCUUUGCGGAAUAUGAAAUUGGCGAAAUUGAAGAAUCUCGGUGAGGAGACAUCUCUUUAUUGGAAUGCAAUCAAUAACGGAUUUUAUGAUUUCGAACAGAAAGCCAAUGAUGUACAGAUUUUGGAGAGUGUCACACCACAAGAGCUCGUGCAAUUCUUCAACGACUACUUUGAUGUCGAUGAAGCCACCAAGUCUGCACGCUUAACUGUGUGCUUGAAUCUGAGGAAGAAGUCAGUGUUUGAUGAGAAAAAGAAUUUUAUCACCGCUGUCCACAACUACAUCUACGAGCACAACAUACCAUUAUCUACGGAAGCUGUAGAUAAGAUUGUUGAGCAGAGGGGCCUUGAUUUCAGCGCCGUUGCAAAUAUCAUUUUCAACGCUGAUAUGAAAGAAAAUCUUGACCAGCACGCAUUUAUUACCGAGAUGGAGCAAAGAACCAAGUCACCUACACCUGCCUUGUAUCCUAAGGGUAAGUUGGAAGAAAAUACUUACAACUUCAAGGAGGCUCAUCCUCGCGGAGGCGUCCCUAAACCAGUCAAUCCCUUGAGUAAGUACUAUUACCCUCACGAGGAGGCUCAUCUUUAA